UUCAAAAUCUAAAUAACCUCAAAAAUCAAAAUUACACGAUUAAUGUCAGGAUUGUUGUUAGCUAUUAACAUCAAUAAAAAUGUUUAAAACUAUCUUAAGCAAUGUAACAACAAAUUUAACACGAGGCUUUCACACGACCUCGUGUUUAAGUGAAGUGCGAUUAUUAUCCAGGCUCCGAGUUGUGGACAAUUCAGAAAUCGGCAAGCGAGCGAUGGCCGAGGGCAAACCACCGAAAGUUAUUUGCGUUUAUAACAAACAACGUGUUGGCUAUAUUGGAGACCGAGUACUUGUGGCUAUCAAAGGGCAGAAGAAAAAAGGCAUCCUAGUAGGCAUGAAACAGACACAGAAAGUCAAAGUACCAAAGUUUGAUAGCAAUAAUGUGGUCUUAAUUGAUGACAACGGCACACCCCUCGGCACAAGAAUACAUGUGCCAAUUCCAACCAUAUUGAGAACUAUUUUGAAAGAACGCACCCAUGCUAAAGGAGCUGACUACACAAAACUGUUAGGCAUAGCAACUAAAUUUGUUUAGAUUUAUUUUAUCAAUGUAAUUAGGUAGUGUAAAUAAAUUAUUUAGAUUUCUUA